GGUUAUAACAGAUUUUGAGUGAGACUGCAUGUGUGACCAUGAAAGACACAAGAGGCGUUGAAAGAGGGGCGUGCAAAAACUGUCCUGAGUGUGAAGCAUAUGAAAUAGAGGAGAAUGCUGUCAGGUCUAACUGCAACUAUUGUAACUGUCCAGCAACAGGUCACCAUGCUAUUGAAGCUUCACAGCCCACAACUGCAAGCAACUCAAGAGAAUCGACCACUCCAAACUCCUCGGUGGUGACCCUAACACCUGUCAGUGCUUCUACCCCUGCUGUGCCUGUGCGUUCCAGCAGCGUUAUCACAUUAGAUGUAGAUAAUGUGACAGACCCAUUUCUACAAAGUUUGUUGGUUCAGCAAACUUCUACUGCUAAUGAGGUAUUUUUUGGUACUAGGAUCACCACUGUCAAAAUAUUUUUAUUUUUGUGCCAGUAAUUUUAUUUUUCUUAUCUUUACAGCCAAACACAGAUGAGAUAUUUCUCCCUAUCAAAUUGCCUCGAAAGUGUGAACUUGCUUUGGAGAAAAGGGAUAUUGACUACAAAGUCAAGUCUGGGAUUGUGAGAGAGGUGGUCAGCAACCUAAUGGGUCACGACCAACUUACUCCAAAAUGUUUAGAAAAGGCAGCGAAAAAGAUGGUGACUAAGUGGUCCCCGCUCAAAGAUGUAAAUGACCCUAACAAUGUGAGUUUAUUGUUGUAUAAUUCUGAAUAGCACUAAGCCAUGUGUUGCAAGCCUAAAAUAUUUACUAAUUUCUGCAGGAGGGGCUUCUGUGCAUGUUAAGGAAAAGAAGGGAUAGAUUAAAUGGGACUGGAAGUGACCGUGCAUCAACAAGCAGUAAUACUGAAAUGACUGCGCUUGAUGCGAAACAAGAAAUGUAUGAGAAAUGGUCUACCAACCACCGAACAGCUGCAGCCCACAAACAUUUAAUGGUAGUUGCCAGACCAUUAAGAAAAGUAGAGUCCAAAAAACUACCUGGUCUUCAACUUCUCAAAGCAUACCCAGCUUUAGGCAUCAAUGAUGUGGUGAGUAUUAAACCAUAGUCAUACUUGGUUCUAAAUUGUGCUUUCCUUUCCUAUAUUUGUGCUCAAAACCUGUUCGCUUUAAAAUACUGCAACCAAAAUUCUUAUAUUGCAAAGUCUAGUCAUUUCUAACAUUUAAACCAUAAUUGCAAUUUUAAUUUGUACUGAAGAGUGUAAUUGGAUAAUUACUUACAAAUCUUGUAAUGCAUCAGUCAGAAGACGAAGGAAAAGUAACCCGAUAUUCAAUGUGACUGUAAGUGGGUGCUGUGUUUCAGCUUCUUCAAGAAUUCUAUGCAGAGAUGGAUAUUGAUGAGGAUAAGGCAAGGGAAAACUGGAGGAAAACAAUGGAACCCCUAAAACAAUACCACCAGGUUGAAA